AUCACCGUUUAUCUCAAACGGAAGCCUAAUGUUUAUAGGAAUUACAAUAUGAAAAAUGUACCGGAUAAUUGCUGUAGUAAUAUUCAAUAUUUUAUGUUCUGUUAUGGGAAUAAAGAAAGAUAUUGUAUUUCUCAUUGAUACAUCGGCAAGUAUAAGCCCUACACAAUUUCAACAUUCAAUAGAUUUCGUGUACAACAUUACAAAUUUCUUAAGAAUAGGAACCCAAGAUAUUCAAGUUUCUGUGGUUUUGUAUGACAAAAAGCCUAUUGGUGUGUUCGACUUUGAUACUUAUAUAAACAAACAGUCGCUACUAAAUGCUAUUAAGCACAUUCAUAAAGGUAUUGGAGCCAGUACAAAUACUGCAAAGGCUUUAGACUAUUCCCGGGCAUUGUUUAAUCUUCAAAACGGAAGUAGAAGUAACGCAGAAAAAGUGGUAGUAACUUUAACUGAUGGAGAUUCAAAUGACCGGAUAAGUACUAAACAUUCUGCGGAGCUGCUUAGAAAUAAUAAUGUUACUGUGUAUGGAGUAGGCGUUGGCGAUUUCACACAUAGAUCUGAAAUAUUCGACAUUGCAGGCAAAAGUGAAAAUGUGUAUACCGUUGGUGGAUUUGAGUAUAUAUGUAAUCUAGUUCCAGUUAUGGUACCAGUUUUAGAUCCCAGUGCUACACAUCACAUUGUUAACAACUGUCCGCAGGAACCAAGUACAACUCCACAUAGUACCACAAUCCUCGUUACUAAUUAUUCAGCUAAAACCUCGAGCGAAGAUAAGGGGAAGACAGGAAUAAUUGCUGGUGUAACUGCAUCCAUAAGUCUUUUGUCUUUGUUAUUGCUGUUUCUUGUUUUACGACGGAAGUGUUCAAGAAAAAGGAAAAUAGAAUCUCCACCAGACGACAUCAUAGUUGGACAAGCACCUCGAAAAACAACAUUCAUCAACUGAUGCAUUCUAUCUCAGAAGAACAAGCCUUGUCUAUAUAAAUACAAAAUAUCUUUACUUGUAUAGGAAUAUUGCACUAUUCAGAAGACUUAGUCUUAGUGUGUAGAAUUUUAUAUUGCAAUACCGUGUGAGUGCAAUACAGAAUGAAUAGAUUAAAACUGUAAGAUACUUAAUAUCAGUUGAGGAGCUACAUGUACCCAACGCUUUGACUAACAUAUAUUGGUUCGUUUAGUUUUCAAACAGUUUUCAAAUUAUUUUUACUUUGACCUGUUUACAUAAAUAUGAAAAAUUCUAAAUAUUUGAACCACACAAUUUACAGUAAUAAUUUGAAUAUAAAGCAGUUUGACAAACGAUAAAUGUUUUCGUUGAAAAGCUUGAUAGCUAUUUACUAUUAGUGUGUGAUAAAAAAACUCAGCUGUUUUUAAAGAGUAAACACCCUUAGGUGUUCGGUGCCCCCUUAA